GGGCAGGCUUGUGUAGUUAUGGAAGCGGCGCUAAGCAAGCGGAAUCCAGCGUUGAGAUUAGCGGAUUUGGCAGCUAACAAAUACCAUCCCCAUCAGAAUAUGUCAGGUUUCCCGGGGCUGGCGAGUCAUACACACAUCCACCCUGGGGAGAUGAGCAACGAUCCUAGUGUGGCUCUCACCUCUUUCGGGCCUGAACACGUGGCUCAGUCCAGCAGUGCUCUCAAACUCAGUCCAUCUCAGCACAUGGCCGGACAUCCCGAGACGCAGACAGCGGCGAUUUUCGGCUCCGCGCAGAACUCGGUCAGUUACUCAGCGGGCCAUGCCCACACGGGCUACGGCAGCGGUAGGGAUUACAUGCUCAGAAGAGAUCUCUCAGCGUCCGCCAUGCAUGGGCUGACUGAGCAGCACCCAGCGUCUUCCUCUCACCACCAUCACCAUCACCACCAUCACCACCACGGAAUGUUCCUGUCAACCCCAGGGAGCUACGGACAUCCGGAGGUCUUCCCGGGGCUCCACGAGCAGUCUGCGCCGGGAUCCCACCACACUUUAAACGGACAGAUGCGCCUGGGUUUACCGGGGGACUUGUACAGACCAGAACAUUUUAACCAUCGAGCCGAGCACUACCCGGCCUCUUCCCUGCACAGUUACAACUCCAUGAACUUAAACGUUAACCUGGCGGCGGCUCAUCACGGAGCUGGGGCAUUCCUGAGGUAUAUGAGGCAGCCGAUCAAACAGGAACUCAUCUGCAAGUGGAUCGACCAGGAAGACUCUUCAAAGAAAUCCUGUUCGAAAACUUUCAGCACCAUGCAUGAGUUGGUGAACCAUGUCACGGUGGAACAUGUCGGAGGACCCGAGCAGAGCGUUCACGUUUGUUUCUGGGAGGAUUGCCCGAGAGAAGGGAAACCAUUCAAGGCAAAAUACAAACUGGUAAAUCACAUCAGAGUUCACACAGGCGAGAAACCAUUCCCGUGCCCAUUCCCGGCUUGUGGUAAGGUAUUCGCUCGCUCGGAAAACUUGAAGAUACAUAAAAGGACUCACACAGGAGAGAAACCUUUUAAAUGCGAGUUCGAUGGUUGUGACAGGAAAUUUGCCAAUAGCAGUGACCGGAAGAAACACUCUCAUGUCCAUACCAGUGACAAGCCGUACAACUGUAAAGUUAGAGGCUGCGACAAGUCGUACACUCAUCCCAGUUCCCUUCGCAAACACAUGAAGGUGCACUGCAAAUCUCCCCCACCUCCCCUCACUUCUGGUUACGAGCUCUCCAACACAUCCUUGGGGAUAGUGUCUCCAGCCUCAGAGCCCGUCAGGGGCCGCACUGCCAGCGUCUCUUCGCAAGUCACCAACCUCAACGAAUGGUACGUCUGCCAGGGGAGCGGGGCUGCCAACAGCCUCCACACAUCUUCAAGCAACGGCACCUCAUCCGACACUGAGGAUGAGGAGGUUUACAGGGACCCAGAUCCCAGGACUAUGCUCUGA